AUGGCUAUGUCUUUCUUUAUGACAGGUACUCUGCCGGAGGCGGUGACGGAGUCCACGGUAGUUCUCAUUCCUAAAGUGGAUUCGCCGGAGAGGGUUACUCAGCUUCGCCCUAUAUCUCUCAACAAUGUCUGCCUCAAGAGUAUCACGAAGGCCAUGACCUCGAGACUAAAGACCAUGAUGCGCCAAUGGGUUUCCCCGAGGCAGAGCAGCUUCAUCCCAGGAAGGCAAACUACGGACAACAUCAUUGUAGUCCAGGAAGUUUUACACUCCUUCACGAAAAGAAGAGGAAAGAAAGGAGGCAUGGUGUUUAAGAUUGAUUUGGAAAAAGCGUAUGAUAUGCUGCGGUGGGACUUUCUGAGGGACACUUUGGAAGAGGUUGGCUUACCCAGUUGCUGGAUUAGAUGCAUCAUGUACUGCGUGAAGCAUAAUACCAUGAGGAUUAGAUGGAACGGAGAGCUGUCUCAACCGAUCAUGCCUUCCCGAGGAGUUCGUCAGGGAGACCCUCUUUCUCCCUAUCUGUUUGUUCUCUGCAUGGAGCGACUUUCUCAUAAGAUAGAUGAGGCCGUUAAUGAUGGACUGUGGAAGGCCGUGAGGCUUACCAGGUCUGGGCCGCCAUUAACUCAUCUUUUUUUUGCAGAUGAUUUGUUGCUUUUUGCAGAAGCGGAAAGGAAGCAGAUUGGAGUCAUCAAAAAGUGUUUGGAAGAUUUCUGUCAUAGCUCGGGUCAGCGAGUGAACUUCAGCAAAUCCAUCGUCUAUGUCUCUCCGAACAUAGCAAGGCAUAAAGCGGAAGCGCUGAGUGCGUAUGCAGGGAUCCCGUUGAAAGCAGCCUUGGGGAGAUAUCUUGGCAUUCAGGCUAUACAGGAGAGGGUCACGAAAGGGAGAUACCAGUCACUUAUCUUGCGCAUUCAGAAGAUGGCGCCGUGGAAGGCGAAAAGGCUGUCCUUUACCGCUCGUCUUACUGUUGCUAGAUCGGUAGCUGCUUCUUUACCCGUCUAUACUAUGCAUACAGAACUAAUCCCUAGUGGUGUUUGCAGGAGUAUUGAUAAGAUCAGCAGAGAUUUUAUUUGGGGGGAUGAGGAAAAUCAUGCCAAGUUUCAUCUAGUGGCUUGGGAAAGACUGACGAAGCCCAAAGCGCAAGGGGGAUUGGGGAUUCGGCCGACUCGGCAGGCUAAUCUGGCCAUGCUAGCCAAGGGAGGGUGGCGGCUUCUCCAAGACAAAGAGAGUAUUUGGCGGGGGAUCCUUCUUUCGAAGUAUGGGGGUCUGAGAGCUGGUCUUGAUGUCCUGAGGAAAGUUCAGGGAAGUUCCUUUACCUGGAGUAGCUUCUCUAAAGCUGCUGACCUUCUUAAGCAAGGCUGUGCUUGGAAUAUUAGGAAUGAGAAAAGAACUAAGUUUUGGUCUGAUCCGUGGGUUUUGCAGGUGCCCCUGAAGGAUAUGGUAACGGGAGACAUGCCGGAGAAUGCAGAUGAGGCGAUGGUUGCGGAUUUCGUCCGAGCAGACGGCAGUUGGCGUAUUGAGCUUCUCUCAGGGCGCCUUCCACCCGAUAUUAUCAGCAAAAUUACGAGCACAGCGGUGGAUACUAUCUCCCAAGAGGAGGACUCUCUGUUCUGGGCCCCAGCUGCCGAUGGCCGCUUCUCCACUAAAUCAGCCUAUGCACUUCUCACAAAGCAUGACCAGCAGGGCACGGACGGGGUUUGGAAGGAGAUUUGGCGGUUACCAGUGCCUGAGCGGGUAAGAUGUUUUAUGUGGCUGGCUUUUCAGGGCAAGCUAGCCACGAAUGUGCUGCGUUUUCAGAGGAGGGUAGCUGAGUCGCCAUGCUGCCAGAGGUGUGCUGAACAGCCGGAGACGGUGCUCCACAUUCUUCGUGAUUGCGCCCCCGCGGCUUACUUUUGGUGCCGUCAUGUUCCCCAGCAGAAGCAGCAUGAGUUUUUCAGUGAUAGCCAUGAGGUCUGGUUUCGCAAGAACAUCAUGAGCAAGGAGAGCAGCAGUACAAGGAUUAAUUGGCCGGGGUUCUUUAGCAUGGCCACUUGGCUGAUUUGGAAGAAUCGCACCACGGCCUCUUUCAAAGGGUUGAGGGCAGCUCUUUCAGCUUCCUCUCUGACGCAGUCGAUCGUGACUAAGACCAAGCUUUGGGAUGACUCAUGGCAUGCCCCGGAGCUGUUCUUAAAUCACAAGAGGAAGCCGGUGGAACGUGUCGCGGCGGAGAUUGGUUGGACACCGCCUUUGGAAGGUUGGGUCAUGCUUAACACUGAUGGAGCGUCGAAUGGAAAUCCGGGGCCAGCCGGGGCUGGUGGGCUGGUGCGCGACUCGACAGGUAGAUGGCUGGGAGGCGUGGUUGCUAAUCUUGGGUAUGCGACGGCGGUUUUAGCGGAGUUGUGGGCCAUUUAUUAUGGUCUUGAGUUGGUCUGGAACCUCGGGUUCAGAGUAGUAAAGAUUGCCACUGAUUCCAAGUUGGAGCUUCAGCUGAUUCAGGAGAGACAUGAUCCCAUUCACCCUCAUGCCACGCUUCUGAGUCUUAUUCGAAGAAAGAUUGGUCAAGACUGGUUGGUUAGUCUGUCUCAUACGUACCGGGAAGGGAAUAGAGCUGCGGACUGGCUCUCGAAGCACAGUCUCGUCUACCCCUACGGUAAGUAUGAGUUGGCUGCCCCUCCUACGGGUAUGAUCCAUUUGUUGCAGGACGAUGUUAGAGGUAUCACCUUUGAGCGCCAAAUUGUGGCAAACUCUUCUUCCCUAUCCUAA